UUGCGCGCCGUGCUUCGGCCGCAGGUGUGGUUCAACAACAACGGCUGGGCGACGUCGGCCGCCUACCUGAACGCCAUCAACAACGUGGUGCUGCGCGCUCUGGUGGCGGAGGCGCGGGGCGCGCGGGGCGCCGACGCCGCCGAGGUGCGGAGGGGCUGGCCGCCCGUGGCCGCCUUCGGCAUCGCCGCCGUCAACCACCCCAUCAACAACUUCGACGCGCACAUGCAGGACCCGGAUUACUUCAUCUAUUUGGUGACCACAGCGCUGUGCGUCAUAGUUUUCUUCGGCUUUCACGAAACGGCAUAUGUUACCCCUGGAUACGUCGAGUUCUUCGUGGCCUUGGUAUUGUUCUAUGGCUGGGCGACUGUGCCGAUGAUGUUCCCGUUCAGCUUCUUGUUCCGGGAGCCCAGCACGGCCUUUGUUCUGAUGGCAUGCCUCAACUUGGCACUUGGCAUGGUCACCUCUGUCACCGUUGUGCUUUUGAACCUCCUCGGCUCACAGAAGCUGUAUCUAAUACAGCAGCAGCUUCGCACGUUAUUCCUCAUCUUCCCGCAGUUCUGCUUGACCCAGGGGCUCAUCGACCUCGUCGUAAUGUACUACACCACGAAGGCGCAGUUAUCACUGGUCGGGCCUGGAACCCGGGCAGGCUUGGAGCGUAUGGGGGAACUGAGCCUCAACAUCUGGUACAUGUUCGGGGAAGGCAUCGCCUUCUUCCUAAUCACUCUGCUCAUCGAGAAGUGGCCCAAGGACCUGCGUCGUCAGCCCUACGCCCACCGGCUAGCCGUUCGGACGCGGCUACUUGGUGGAGGUGCGCGCGCCGGGGGCGGACGCGGCGCGCUGGCGGAGCUGACGGGCGCGGGCUUGCCCGGCGGGGGCGGGGCGGCGGCGGGGCCGCGGCGGGGGCCGAGGGCGGGGGCGGGCGCGGGCGCAAUCAGCUGCAAAUAUCACAUACUAAAUGCAGAUAAUUUCUAUGGUAAUCGUUUGCGACCUAUUUAUAACAUUUAUUCUAAGUUUCUUGCAAUUCCCCCAAAAGAAAGGAGGCCAAUCAUCUGUGGAAUGCAGGUGUUCCUGCGGUUCGCAUAUGAAGCGGCGGCCGAAGAGGCGCCUGGCAUUGAAGAGGACGGCGCUGAGUACGAGGACGACAAUCAGACAGACUGCGACCGUGUGUGGGGUGGCAAAGCUGCUGGGAAGUAUGUAAUAGUAAAAGAGGGCAAAAUGAUCCCCAUAAUUCUUUUGUGUGAAAUAAUUUCUGUCGUGGCACCCCUGAUGGGUCGGCAUCUCAUUCUGCCGUGGUUGGUGGCGGAAAACUCUUUGCCCCUUGCUACCGCCUUCGCCAUGUUACGGGCAAUGUUGCUACCCUAUCUGGAACGAAAAAGGAAGGGAAGGGUUUUAAGAGAUUCAAAAAACUACAUGCACAUUUACAGCGGAGUAAAAAUAAAGAAACAACAAAAAAAAGAAAGGAAUCCAUUGCCGUACGCCAAAUCUUUAAAAACAUCACAUAAAAAAAUGGAUGUGGCUAAAGUAGGAAGUUUGGGCAAAAUGGUAGAUGAAGUCGCUUCAGGAAGAGCCAUGUACAAGGAGACAUUAAAAAACAAAAAU